AUGGCACUGCCCUACCCCAACCACACCCGCCGGUGGCCGCACGGCCUGGCUCGCCUCGAGUUAAAACCCUCUCGGCUCCUGCUCGUCCCGACCCGCCGGGGCUCCGCUUCCCCGCCCCGCUUGCACCGCCGCGCCCCGAGCGCCGCAGUCCGGCCGGGCGAAGGGAGCUUGGAGCAGGGGGCCGUGAGCGCCCCCGCCAGAGCGGCCUGGCUGCAGGUGGCGAGGAAGGAAAGGGUUAACCUGGGUGCUCUCUGCUUUUCAGAUCUGACCGAAGACCGACUGGGGGACAGCAGCUCAGCUGACAACGCAGAGACCUUCAGCGACAAAGACGCCGACCAGAGGAGCUCGCCGGACGUGGCCAAAAGUAAGGGAUGCUUCACCCCCGAGAGCCCCGAGAUCGUGGCGGUGGACGAAGGGGCCUACGCGGUCCAGAAAAACGGAGGCAACCCGGAGAGCCGCCCAGACAGCCCCAAGUACCACGCGGAGCAGAACCACCUGCUGAUCGAGGGCCCCUCGGGGACCGUGUCCCUGCCCUUCAGCCUGAAAGCCAACAGACCGCCGCUGGAAGUGUUAAAAAAAAUAUUCCCCAACCAGAAGCCGACGGUGCUGGAGCUGAUCCUGAAGGGCUGCGGGGGCGACCUGGUGAGCGCCGUGGAGGUCCUCCUGUCCAGCCGCUCGUCCGCGGCCGGGGCCGACCGAACUGCGGCCGAGCCCGAGGCGCUGGUGCUGCCCCCCAACGGCCACAUCCUGGAACACAGCCUGAGCUCCUACCCCAUCUCCUCGUCCAAGUGGUCCGUGGGCUCGGCCUUCAGGGUCCCGGACACGCUGAGGUUUUCGGCCGACUCCAGUAACGUUGUCCCCAACCCCUUGGCGGUGCCCCUGCAGCACCCCUUCCCCCAGCCGCCCCGGUACCCGCUGAUGCUGAGGAAUACCCUGGCGAGGAGCCAGUCGAGCCCCUUUUUGCCCAACGACGUCACCCUGUGGAACACGAUGACGCUGCAGCAGCAGUACCAGCUGAGGUCCCAGUACGUGGGCCCCUUCCCCGCUAACUCGGCCGGCGUCUUCCGGAGCUCGCCCGUGCUCCCCGCGCGCGCCCCCGACGACCCCCGCAUCUCCAUCCCCGACGACGGCUGUCCCAUCGUGGCCAAGCAGGCCAUCUACACCGAGGAGGACUACGAUGAGCGGUCAGACUCCUCGGACUCCAGAAUACUCAACACGUCCUCCUAAAGGGCCCGGUGGGGACCAGGUGACGUUUCCUGCGCAUCCGCCCCCUCCCCCCUCCCCCCCACCCCAAGCCACCUACCGUGUACACCCCCUCUCCUCCUGUUUCACAAAGUGACUGUGCUUGAUUCUAUACCUUGGCAAUAAAAAAACAUAACUUAUUUUAAUUUCUUGCACUUCAUUGGAAAAUGCCAAAUAGCUCUCCUCUGUGGCUUUCGUGCUGAAUGUGUAUUGUUAAAGAGAAAUCUGAUGCUGAGAAUAGUCUUGGGGAAAGCCGGGUCCCCUGGAACCUUGUUCCUAAACUCAACCCGGCAUGUCCGAUAAAAUAGUAUACUUGAAUGCAGUUUUGUAAAAGAGGAUAUUCCUCAGGAUAUGUAAAACCUAAAGGAAGUGAUUUGGUUGCAAAUGAACUCGAAACAGGGACCUUAUAUUCUUACGCUAAAAUUCCUUCUUGCAUUUUUGAGAGAGACUGCAGUUAAGAAUAGAGUGAACUGCUCACAUGCUUAUUUAAGCUUUUGGACAGUUUUCAGAGACAAACCCCAUUAAGAAUUAAUUCUUUUCACAUGGCUGAAUUGAAACAUGCGUAAUGUCGAUGUAAACCCAAUCACAGCUGUGAACUGCAUGAAAUGUAUUGUGAAAUGAACACACGGUAAAGCUUUGUCAGGUUAAUGUAGCAUGCUGAGGACUCUAGAAAAAAAAAUAAA